AUGAGUUUAUAUUUGAGUACAUUGUUUGCGUUGUUGACGCUUGAAAUGGCCAUCCUCUUUUUGGUGGUCUUACCCCUACCAUUUAGAGUCCGUAGGAACUUCUACAGUCUCUAUUACAGGUGGACUUCAAACCGCAAAGUGCAGACUACGAUUUACAUUUUUGCAGGUCUGGUUAGUAUUCUAUUCGUUGAUUCAUGGAGAAGAGCUCAAUUCAAAGUCCAUUUACACCACUAUCAAAGGCAGGGUGAAGAUGUUGAUGACAACAGCGCAGUUACCCCUACACAAGCAUUAGCAUCGAGGGCCUACAACCAAAGGAACACAUACAUUUCCGGAUUCAUUCUAUAUUUCUUAGUGUGCAUUCCAGCUGUAUUUACCAUUAUCAGAAGAUUGAUCAAGUACCAAAACUUGAUCAACAAUUUGGAAGGUAAACCCGUAAAGGAUACGACACCUGAUACGCAACCAACUGCUCCUAGUAAGAAAGGUAGUGCAUCAAUUGUUGAUGACCGUGAAAUUGACCAUUUGAAGCAUGACUUGGAAAAGAAGGAAGUUAACUUGAAGGCAGUUCAAAAGCAAGUCAAAAAUUUGGAAAGUUAUUUCGAUCAGCAGAACGAUCAAAAGAAUCCUAACACCGCUGCCACCGCUGGUGGAAAGAAAGAUUUAUAA